GGUGAGAGUCAACAAUCUCCCGACGACGACCAGAUCGCUGGCUGGUCUUCGUGUUGUUGGAGCCGUGUGUUUGUCGAGUGGCCUUCGAACAGCUGAAUUGGGCAAUUCUGGCAAAUGCUGUAGAAUCUGUUUGCUAGGCCGAGGUUCAGGCCCCCUUCCGGAGUCUCCUUCGCUCCAUCGUAUAAAAGUGUUAUUUAUACCGAUGUGAGAUGUCUUCUGACGACGCCUCGUCGAGUCGAGGUACGCAGGCACCAGGACCUUCCGCGAACCCGUUACCUUCGAUAGACACUCUCUUUCAUCUGGAAAGAAUCCCCAAUCAACUGACCCUGCUAUGCCUGUACAUGCCCCUGGGAGUCGUCCUAGGAUUUUUGCGAGUUUUCAUCUGCUUUCACACAUUCCUCGUCACCCUCUUGCUGCCAAAGACUUCUGUGAUUCGAUGUUACAUUGUCCGUGCAAUGUGCACCAUCCUGGGCCUCGUUGUGAUUGAAGAGGAGAAAAACCGGGAUCCCGAGGUGAAAGUCUUUGUUGCAAACCAUGUCUCGAUUGUCGACCAUUGGAUGCUGGACCUCCUGCAACCCUGCGUUCUGCCCUCCGUUUGGGACAUACCCUGUGUUUUGAACUGGGGCCAUAUUUAUAAAUCGUUCUCGUCACCCCAGGAGCCGAACGUUGUAUCGCUAAAAAGCUUCAUCCAGUCGCAGCAGAACGUGACAUUGCUCGGUUUCCCCGAAGCCGCAAUAAGCAAUGGCACGGCUCUCAUGAGGUUCACACAGACGUGGCCGUUCGAGCUCGACGUCCCAGUUCAGGCUGUUGCGAUCAAAGCGUCGAGAUCGUCGCCCUUCCGGGAUUUGUCGAUCGCGACCCUCGACUCGAGUUGGUUCGCCGAUCUCGUAUGGCUCUUGUUUUGUCCGUGGACAACUUUCCACAUCUGUCGACUCCCAGCUGUGAGUCGCGGCCGUGAGGAGACGGUCGAGGAAUUUUCUCAAAGAGUUGCAGAAAUGUUAGCUGCACAAUUAGGCGUACGCGCGACUCCAUACACGAAAGCCGAGAAGCAGGAACUCGUCAAACGGCUGCAUCGAGAGCGCCUCCAGGUGCACAGACGGAGUCAAGAGGCUAACGCCCGAAGUAACCUGUACUUGGUUCAUAUGGCGAAUCAGGUGAAGGAGGUGCUGCCGGACGUACCCCUGCACGUUAUCAUGCAAGAUCUACAGGAAACCAACAGUGUCGAUUCAACAAUCAGCCGCAUUAUCGACGGAGUUGUCAGCUAUAUCCCCGAGAAACGUCCCACGGUCGAAGCUCGGGGGGAACCAUCGAAUCAAACGAUGCCCAUCCAGGAACUCUUGAAAACAGCGAAGGACGUACAGGUGACCUUCAACACAUCAGCCAGUAGCUUCGGUUCGACGGCUCAAGAGCGUUUCCAAUCGUACCACGAGCGGAAAACACGACUGAUAGAGAACGCUCGAAUGAAAUACAUCCAGAAGCACGGCAUUAAAAUCUGAGCCCGGAAGCCCGAGAACCAUCCUUCCACAUCCCGCGAAAAUAGAAAAUGUAAAAUGGUUCCCGACGGGAGAUGAAAAAGGUUUUCUUGGGUAUGCCGAGCGUCGAGGUCCGCACUUAAGGUCUUGAGUCGAUCAUUAUCUGUUGAUAUCGUCUGCGGAAGAAAUUGCGGGGAAGUUUCGAAUAAAGAGUCGCGCUUUCGUUGCGAAACAGACUUCAAUCAA